AAUGACAGGAGUCCUUGGCUGGCCUGCCUGUUGUAGGUUACUGAACCUGUGAGGGGACACAGAGAAAAUGCAGAGCUGGACUCAGUUAUACCGCUCCCUGGCCACGGUAAGAAUGGAUUUAAUAAUCUGACUCAAAAGCAUUUGUUGUCCGGACCGGUUUAAAACUGUUCUCCGUGGUUGUUGGUCUUAUAGAGAGCAUUAUUUUCAUACCAUCGGCGCAGGCCUGGCUAGUGGUUCAGCUAAUGCUAACUGUUCGGCUUACAGCUUUACCAGACUUCACUGACAGUUCAUUCAGUUUAAACUUGUUUACAAUAAUGAUGAAAAACAUGAGACCGCACAGGCAUGUCAUGAAUACCGAUCAUUAUUCAGGUUAGUCCUCUUACUUCGGCCUGAUCCUCGUCCGGAAAAGACCCACAAGCGAGUAAAGAUUACAAGUUUUAUGGAUAUUUACACUGACGUUCAGGUUAUCAGAUUAUGUUAAGACCUAACUAAAUAUCUACUGUCAUGUGUACGCUGUCUAAACGUUUUAUUGUAGCGUUUUCUGACUUUUUUUUAAAUAGUUAAAGUGUUUAACAGUUCUGGAAACUCAGUUGACAGCUCUACUUUACGUGUCAUGUUGGCAGACUAAAGCAAUUAGCUCAGCUGUAGUUAUCUAACUAUUACAGGAUAUGUCACAGUUUUCUCACACUGUUAGGAGUUAAAAGAUUUUAUUAUGCCCAAUUAUUUUACUUGUAACCAGGAAUAUGAAUUAUGAUCAUCUCUAGGACACAGGGGGAGUCAGUUGCCAUCUAGUAAGGGUGUAUAAACAUGCUGGCGCCCCUGGUACCCAGCUUUACAGAUGACUAUUAGCUCUGGUUAUAGACUGUUGUGUAUUCACUGAGGUUGUCAAGUUUUAUACUGUGAUAUGGCAAAUGAUAUUACUUACUUUGAUACCAUAAAAAGUUUGAACUUAGCCUGUACAAAGAAGUAGACUUAAUCAAGUGAUGUUCAGUCAGUCAUUUUGUUUGAUUUCCUAGUUAAGGUGUUUUUUCUCUCUCUCUCUCUCUGUUUGUUGUCCUCUCACAGCGGAGCCACCACCUUCCCUGCAAACUGCAUGGAGCUGCAGCUGUGUCCGUCAGAACCUACGCUGACAAAGCAGCAAGUAAGAUAACUGUGGAGCUUAUCAUUUGGUUUCAUUAGUGGUCUGAUCUCAGGUGAACUUUAGCCCAACAUUUGAUGGUCGUUGGUGGUGAUUUAAUAACACAUCUGGUGUUUUUGCAGUUCUUAGUAGUAGAGGACAGUGAAAUAGACUUUAUGUAUUUAUUACAAAGAAAAAUGCAUUCAUACUAAUUUAUUUUUAAUAAUAUAAUGUUAUUUAAUAAUGGCUGAUUAUGCAAGUAUUACAGUAUGAUAGCAUUCAUAAGAAGUAUAAGCAGAAGCUUUAUUGUGAUCCCUUAUCAGGAUCCUUUUAUCACCCUGCCUGUGCUGUGGGUCAUUUUGGGUCAACACCAAGGUCUCCAAGAUGCUGCCUCUGUCAUUUAUACCCGUUUACUGGUUCUGAAUGUCAAGAGUUUAAUUAUCUCUGUAAACAGAUAACUCAAUGCAAGUGCAGCUGAAACUUAUUUUAGGUCAAACUUGAGCAACAAAUCUGUGUGUCACUCUUGCAAAAGUCAAAGUUUCCUGUCAAACUCUUAAGAAGUUGAGGACAGAGCUUCACUUUUUACUUAUCUGCUUCAUUAUUUUGUUAUUUUAGCAAAUAAAAUGCUCUUCUUUUGUCAUUUUUGAACAUUUGUGAUCAUACACGUUAUUUUAUUCAAUCUUUAUAGUUUUUUCGCUUUUAAUUAACCAAGAGUAGGAAACUAGCAGUGUUUAUAGUUUCUAUAUACGAAACAUCAGUCACUGCAGUUUGUUUGUAACAGGCAGAAGUUAUUUUAUGUAAUUUGUAUUUGCCCCUUUUACAUAAACCAAAUGAAAAAAUAAAAAGUAAAAUCAUGAGAAAAUCACAUUUAAAUCAGUUCAUUUUACAAGUUUGUACCCCUGAGGACGCCAGAGUGAAGCCUCCGUAUAACUUACUAUUAACAGUGAAUCUGGGACUCACCUGAAACAGCUGAACAGGUGCUGGAGAAAUAAUGGAUUAAGAAAUAUAUGAGGGAUGUGAUCCUUCUAGAUUUACCUGAAAUUGUGGAGUUAAAGGAGUUGAAGAUCAUGUAAACCAUGUUUUCACCUUCACAACGAGAACUGCAGGAUGCUGCAGGGGUCUGCACUCAUGGUUAGGAAGGGGCACCCUAUACCCGGGUUCAAUUCUUACCUGUAGCUCCUUUACUGCAUGUCCCUCUCUGCUCUCUCUCCCCAUUCCCUACUCUAUCAACUGUCCUGUCUGUUCCAAAUAAUGACAGAGAGCCUGAAAAAAAAUCAUUUAAAGAGUGAAAUAAAAGAGCUUAUUGGUUCUGAGAUUGACAUCAACAUAAAACAGACAAUAACAAAUAGAAAUGCUGACAUGUAGGAGCGGUUUGAACCCUCGACCGUCCUGAGCUGAGGCGUUCUGAGUGACUGUGACCUCCUGAUGUGAGGAGACUUUCCCCCUUUUCUUACAAAGUGACUCAAACUCUUCUUUUGGUCUUUUACUUAAAACAAGUCUUAAAAUCUCACAGUGUUUGUGAAAAGCAUGUACGACGUUGGUGUUUUUCCUCUCCACAGUCGAUGCAGACGUCACAGUGGUUGGCUCCGGUCCGGGCGGGUAUGUCGCUGCCAUCAAAGCUGCACAGCUGGGCUUCAAGGUAAAUCCAGGCUCCCUGAUUGGCUCAGAAGAAAUGAGCGAAAAGAGAGUUUAACAGAGGUGGCAGCGUGUUCAUGUGGGAUUUUAUGUCACUUUGAAUGAUAAGAUGUCUUCUUAACAUCAUUAAAUAACUUGAUGCAGGGAUGAAAAUCAAACCAGGACAAUUAAGUGAAAAUAAGUCCUGAUGAUUUGAUGUCUGAGUCCAAAAAGAAGAGGUAUGAUCACAUAGAUGCGUAGUGGCAUAUAAUGGCUGCAGGAUUUCUGCAUUCAUAAACUCUAUAUUUUUAAUUCAGUUUUGAAGUUUUAAGGUUGUAAAAGUGUUUAAACUCUCAGGCUUCAGAAAGGUUAACCUACAUGUUUUUUAGUGAGUCUCAUUUUGUGGAUCAUAUUUUUUUAAAAAGUCCAUAAUCGUAAAUUCAGAACACAGAGCUUGAGAGAUUUAACACGUGUUUUUCUCUGACAGACAGUGUGUGUCGAGAAAAACGCCACGCUGGGCGGGACCUGUCUGAACGUCGGCUGCAUCCCCUCAAAGGUAAAAUGUGUUUGAAUGAUUAAAACAACACAGUUUUCUCCUGGUGUUCGCAGUGAAAGAAAAUUUCUAUCGUCUUGUUAAUCACAUAUCUGCGGAGUUUAGUUUCUUCAUCACUGAGGCGAGUUGAGCUUUGACUCAGAUGGAGAAGCGGAAACAAGUCCAGAGGGUUGUUUGAGAUACUGUCACAUUCACAUGCUGUGAGAUUCAGGCUACAGUAACAACAACAGAAAGAGAGCGACAAAUGUGACACACAUGUUUUCACUGGUUUGAUGUUUUGUGUUUUCAGGCUCUGCUGAACAACUCCUACCUUUACCACUUGGCUCACGGCAAAGACUUUGAAAGCAGAGGCAUCGAAAGUAAGAAAAAAGUGACUGCCCAUGUCCAAGACUGUUGUUUGUUUUUCACAUUUGUGUUCAAUCUGACAGACUUUUGAGAGACAUCAGGAUGAGGUGUAAUUCAGUUUUAUCGAAUCUUUAUUCAUCAUAUUUAGAGCACUUUGUAACUUUGAGCAAGUCACAGCAGCGAGAAAAACUUUCCUUUAACAGGCAGAAACCUUAUAGUGGAAUAAUGAUGCUGUCAGAGUCAAACAGGUUUAAGAUGAUCUCAACUGUGCAACCAAAGAGUUUUGGUGUCUAGAUAAACGAGGUGUUACAGACAACUCAGGGUUAAAAUCCUGUUAAUUUGCAUUUAUGUCCUUUAGCUUUUAAACAUCCUGAUUAAAAGUAACGAUUGAAAUGUUUUAAGGUUUUGUGGACCAAAACUACGGUGGCUGAAAAUGACUAAAAUGUGACUAAAAGGCACUUUAGUCCAAAGACUGAGACUUAAUCUAAAAAAAAAAAAUAGCUGCCAAAGUUAACCGGGGUGAAAGAGGUUUUAAAACUUUAACUGGAUUCCAUAGAGAAGCUGAUACAGGAGAGAGAUGGUGUCUUUACACGGUUUUAAUCAGUGUUUCAGACCAGCUGAAGAGUCUUUAGAGACCUCCAUGAAAGUGAAUUAUAAUGAUCCAAAUCAAUAGGUUACAGAUGCAUGGCGGGGAUUUUCUUCAUUAUUCUUAGACAGGAUGUCUGAUUUUGUUUUUUUGAGAUAUAAGGAGGUGAAAAUGGAUUUUGGUCGGAGUUCAAAGCCAAAUCCUGAUCAAAAGAGACCCCAGAUUCCCAAUUGUCCUGAAUUUUGUGGAAACCAGAAAACCAGAAGAAUUUCAGAUAAAAUCAGACAACUUCACAAAAAAAAAGUUGUAAAUGAAAAAGUACCAACGAAGCUGUUUAUACACUCUCUUUUCACCAGACAGCGCCCUCCUCAGGAUAAAACCCAUAACUUAUGUUGUGUGUGUGUCUCAGUUUCAGGGAUCUCGUUGAACCUGGAGAAGAUGAUGGCCCAGAAGAGCGGGGCGGUCAAAGCGCUGACCGGAGGAAUCGCACAUCUAUUCAAACAAAACAAAGUCCGGCCUCUUUCUCUCUCCCUCUGUUAUAAAUUCAUCUUCCUUCACUCAGUAAAGACACAGAUGACUAAGUUUCCCCCUCCCUCAGGUGACCCAUGUCAACGGUUUUGGGAGGGUGAGUGGUAAGAACCAGGUGACGGCUACGACAGCAGAUGGCGGCGAGCAGGUCAUCAACACCAAAAACAUCCUCAUCGCCACCGGCUCCGAGGUCACACCUUUCCCUGGUAUCCAGGUACACCAGCUCUUCCUGCUCACAGCUGUCAGAGUUAAAUGAAGCCAAAGAGACGAAUUAAAAGCUUUUAUUUUCAAAGAGAGAAACAGGCAGACAACAAAAACUCUAAAAAUAAUUAUAAUUAUCUCUUAAUUAGUUAGUCUAUCCAGCUUUUUCACAAAUACACAAAACAAAAUAUCAAAGUCAGCUCAUGAAGUCUCGGCUAUUUAAAAGUUGUUUACCUUCAAAAGACUAGAACUUAAAGUUAAGCUUUUUUUAACAGAUUUACAACCUUAAGUGCUUUUUGUUUUUUCAGAUCGAUGAAGAGAGCGUGGUGUCGUCGACAGGAGCUCUGUCCCUGAAGAAAGUUCCAGAAGAGCUGAUCGUGAUCGGAGCCGGAGUCAUUGGAGUCGAGCUGGUAGGGAAUACUCUAAACCAGGGUCACUACGUCAAACCAAAUCAUGUGUUUGUUUUGUUUUAUACCAAGAUUACAACAUUCAAAGAUUCUUAGUUAAGUCAGAAAUAAAUGAGGGAAGCAGGAGAUCGGAUUUUUGCUGAUAUCUGAGAGUCGCAGUAGGCCGAUAACAUCAUGAACUGAUGGUUAAAAUAUUCGUCCUCCCAUCCUGCAGGGGUCAGUGUGGCAGCGUCUGGGCUCUAAAGUCACAGCUGUGGAGUUCCUGGGUCACGUUGGCGGUAUGGGCAUCGACAUGGAGAUCUCUAAGAACUUCCAGCGCAUCCUGCAGAAGCAAGGCCUCAAGUUCAAGCUCAGCACCAAAGUGAUGGGAGCCACCAAGAGGCCCGACGGCAAGAUCGACGUGGCGUGAGUGAAAUCCUCCUGAAUCCUCGCGCCGUUCUCUUGAGUCUUUUUGGAGUGAACACACGUCCCAUUUAUGUGUGUUUGUGUUUCAGAGUGGAGGCUGCAGCUGGAGGAAAGAACGAGACGCUCACCUGUGACGUGCUGCUGGUCUGCAUCGGCAGACGACCUUUCACCCAGAACUUGGGUCUGGAGUCUGUGGGCAUCGAGCUGGACAACAGAGGUCGCAUCCCCAUCAACAACCGAUUCCAGACCAAAGUACCCAGGUAGGCCCAGUCUCAAGAGGUCAGAAUUUGGAUGAGAACGAUCCAGAUCUGUGAAUCCAGCACAGGAGCCAUAACCCUGUAUGAAAGAGAGGAACCAACAAAGAGGAACUCCUGAUGAGUGCGAAUGAUGUUGCAUCAACCAGGGAUCACGGGAUGUUGGCGUGUUCUGAUGUUCCUCACUGUAUGUGUUUUGGUUCUCCCUCUCCUCCUGCAGUAUUUAUGCCAUCGGUGACGUGGUUGCCGGGCCGAUGUUGGCCCACAAGGCUGAGGAUGAGGGCAUCAUCUGUGUAGAGGGUAUGGCUGGUGGCGCCGUGCACAUCGACUACAACUGCGUCCCCUCCGUUAUCUACACACACCCUGAGGUGGCCUGGGUGGGCAAGACCGAGGAGCAGCUGAAAGAGGAGGUGAGAGUCGUAACUUUAAAGCAGCUGAAUUCAGUGUAGAUAUAACGGCUUAUGAUGAACUGGAUGAUGCGUGUUCGUCAGUGUUUUAAAGUCCCGCCUCUCCUCCUCAGGGCGUCCCCUACAAAGUCGGUAAGUUCCCCUUCGCAGCCAACAGCCGAGCCAAGACCAACGCCGACACCGACGGCUUGGUGAAGAUCCUCAGCCACAAGGAGACAGACAGGAUGCUGGGAUCUCACAUCCUCGGAUCGGUAAGAGUCCGACAUCACAUGACAAUGUUCAAUAAACACCAUCAGGCAUGAAAAUAAUGUUAGAAAAUUAAAACGUAUCAGAGUUUUAACCCUGGUACCACAUUUAACAUUCUAGCGAGUAAGGAGCUUGGUUUUGCCACAACAAACCAUCAGGAGUUAAUGCACUGCAUCCCUAGCAACAGCCUGUUCUCCAUAGCAACCUGUGUUCUAGAGAAAUAACAGACCUCAGCAUGUCAUAAUUGACCAAUCAGAAUUUGGUAUUAAAUUCAGACAUGUAAUAACAAUAAAUCUGAGUGAAUGAUUUUGAUUAGAAAUUAAGACCCAGUUAAAGCUGUUGUUUGUGUGUUUUGCCUGCAGGGGGCAGGAGAGAUGAUCAAUGAAGCUGCUUUGGCCAUGGAGUACGGUGCUUCCUGUGAGGAUGUCGCCAGAGUCUGCCACGCCCAUCCUGUGAGUCCUGCUAUUACACACACACACACACACACACACAACUCAAAUGAGGUUUUAGUUCAUUUUAAGGUCAUUAUAAACCUCAGAUUUAGGCGGAGAUCAAACUGCAUAAAGAAUGUCAAACAGUGCCAAUAAAACAGAUAUUUCAGGAUCAGGUUCAUCCUUAAAACUGAUCAUCUUGGUGUGUUUUAUGUAACAUAAUAAAUUCAUGAAAAAAAAGAGAAAGAAACAGGAACUUUCUGCUUAAAAAACAAAUUCCUCCUGAAAACCCCGAGGAGAGUUAGACUUCUCCUCACUCCAUGCAAAUGUCCUGCUCGGGUUGACAGUUUUACAGCUCACAUGAAGUCCUGUGUUUUUUCAUGGAGUUUGCUUGUCUUAGAGUCUCUUUUGCAGCAGUCGCAUUACUUUAUUUAAAGCAUAUCGCACACAGAUAAAAGAAAAUCAAAACCACAGUUUAUUUAUAAAACUUUUAUAAAAAAGUUAGAAAUCUGAGAUCAAAUCUUUUUGAAAUCAGCACAAAAAGAACAAACAAAACUCAGAUGAAUUUCCUGCCUGCUUCCUUUUCUUCACCGUCUCCUUUUUGAGUAAAAAUGCAAAUCUUACUUGUAAUUAUACACCUCCAACUGUGAAUCAGAAUACUUAGUUUAUACCAGGGGAGGAUUGGGUAAACCUUUGUAAUAAUUCAAGUAGAGACCAUUAAACUUCCUCUUUUCCUCCUCCUCCUCCUGCAGACGGUGUCGGAGGCCUUCAGAGAAGCAAACCUCGCCGCCUCUUUCGGCAAAGCCAUCAACUUCUGAUCCACUGGCCGCUGUCGCACCUUCAGUGUACAUAACAGAGGAGAAUCAGGAAACUGUGUGUGUGUGUGUCUGCGUCUCAACAUUCACUCACCUUCAGUGGGAUGCUCCUCUGUGUACAUCCCAACUGUACCACAUUUAGUUCUAAUGUUAUUUAAAUGUUCUCAAUAAAAUGAAAAAAAAGAGGCUCUGGGCGCUACAUGAACACUGAGCUGUCUGCAGAUCAGUCUUUUUGCUUUACAAACACAUAGUUUCAAAAGAUCCCGGCAGACGGUUCUUCCGCAAAAACAGUACAUAGAGAUAUAAAUAUUACUUUGGCUGAGGUUCUCUUGUAAAGGAAGAGGGUGGUGUUUUUGUUUUUCUGUUUUUUUACAGUGUACAAAGGAAAAAACACGACAUGUAGGACGUGUAAUCAGAGCGGGAAACUAUAAAAACUUAAAACCCCUUAAAAGCUGAACUUAAAGUCGAUCUUUGACUGAAUCUACCGACUCUCUUUUAACUGAUUUUGACGACGAUGUUGAGGAAAAAAAAUGUACUCAAGUCACACUAAUGAUGAUAAUAAUAAGUUAGUUCCAUCUUGAUCAUAUGAUUGAUAAUAAGACCAUUUUAACCAGGAUUGUGCUCAGAUUUUACCCCGAUGCGACUAUCCCAAGGUUUUCAGAUGAUGAACUAUUGAAACAAAUAGCUUGAUUGAACUUUUUCAUACGUUAUUUAACCAGUUCUGGUUCCUUCAGCUGUUCGAUAUUACAAAUGCUCAAACAAAACUUUGUUUUAAUAACUUUGACGAAUGUUGAAACUAAAACUAUUAAUAUCCUAAACAGGAUUAAACAGUUCACCAGUUACGCUCAUGACUAAGUAAAAUAACGAGCGAUGUCCAGCCAAUCAGAAAGUAUUGUGGGCGGGACAUUAGAUGAGGCAGAGUGGAGACAUCAGCUAAAGUAGUGCACUUUAUAAUCACUUAAUUUUAUCAGUUAUUGGUACAUUAUUAUUGGCUGGAUGCUGAAUAUUGUCUUCAAUAAUUAGAGUCCACCCUUCAGACAUGGAGAACCUGAUUCAACCACUGAGGCGGCAACUUUAGAGUUUUCUGUGUAAUUUCUACUUUAAAAAAUACCUAAAUAAUGAUGUAUAUUUAUAGACUUCAACAUGAAUGUCACUGACCUCCCUCUCUUUCACAAAAGAACUCAAGUCUGCUUAUAACACAUCCACCUGUGAGAACUUAGGGCCUGUGUCCACCUGCCGGCGACCUCCACAAACUCAGUUUCAGAGCUGCCGGCUGCACCUCUGCUUUCCUGGCAUUUGAGUAUGUUUGAAAUUCUUUGCUUUUACUCGCUUACAUUUAACAAAGAAAACAUAAAACAAACAAAAAUAUUUGUAACCUAGCAUUAGCAGCGGCUACAGACCUGAAAACUGUGCUUUAAAAAGUCUGCUUGGUUUCUCGCCCACUGUUGUUGUAGAUAUCCUAAGCCCUGCCUCUUUCCUCUGAGGGUGGCUCUGUGCUGAGGACGCUGAACUGUGCUGGGUUCAUUUUGUAAACAGGCCCUGCAGGGUAAAAAUGCUGUCAGUGGACACAGGCCCUUAAAGGAGUUCCACCCUUCAGUCAUGCUGCUGGUUUCAUUUAAUCUGCCAGUUAAACAAUAAUGUAGAAAAAAGACGACUAAUUUAUCAGAGAAGACCAUCUAGCUCAUGAUGAACAAUGAUCGAUUCAAAACGAUGUAUGAGGGAGGAAAUGCAAGAAGGACAAAACGCACAAUGAGUGUCUGUGAGUAACACUGGAUGUAAGCAUGAUGCCUCAGUGCACCUUUGAGGUCUACGACUACAUGACUGGUUUGUGCCCUGAGAGCUGCAGUUUGGUGUCAAACUUUGAGUGUUGGUUGAACCCUGAAAAGCUGGUUAAAUUCAGUCAUGACGACGUUUGAAAGUCGUUUCCCGCUCUGAUUACGUCACUGUGAUUGACUAUGGUUGCUCUGGCUUAUAAUUUCAUUUAAACCAAUAAAUGCAGUAUCAGUUAAAUAAAACAUUUGUGGAAACCUUUUAUUUUGUAACGUGAAUACUAACCAGUGUUGGUGUUUGGUCCGCUGUUUAAAGGGAUAUUCAGGUGUAAAAUUAAUUUAGGGUCAAACACACCGUAACACCGAGUUAGACACCCCCUUCAGAGAUGAAUGUUGCCGACCGCUUACUUCUCUAGUUAUACCAACUUUAAUAACGACCGCAGGAUAACAAUACACAGCGGUCUGAGGAGCCAUAAACAAACCUCAACCUCAAACCUCAAACCCCACAGCGUGAUCUCGCUGUACUCUGGUGGCCUCCACAGACCUCAGAUCCCAGUCCAGUAGAGCCCCUUUGGGACGUGGAGGGAGGGGACAAUCACAUCAUCAAAUCUGCAGCAAAUCUCUGAGGAGGGUUUCCGACACCUUGUAGAAAAUGUGUGACAAAAGAGUUAAGACAGUUCUGAGUGCAAAAGGGGGUCCAACCAGGGACCACUUUAUUACCUGGCUGUGCUAAAUACUUGACUCUGAUUGGUCAAAACCUCACAACUGUAAGUCCGAACAGCAAAAGCGACGUUAGCACUUCUGAGAAGACGCCUGCUGACACUGUGGCAGAAGUGCUAGAGUCCAUCUCAGGCUGGAGGGAGGGCCGCCUGAGGAGCUACUGGACCCCAACCGUCUCUAAGCAGAGCAGCGACCUGUCCUGCAACCCGUGCACCGGCAGCAGAGCUGGUGAUCUUAAACCAUAAGCAUGAUGAUGUUGUGUAGUUGUCCGGGUUUUUCCUCAUCCUGUCAGGAUUCAUGUUAAUCUAACAAAGAUGUUCAUUGGAGUCUCAGAUCUUCAUUCAGAGGACUGUCAUUAGUCCUUCAGGCCACCAGAUGUCACUGUGUUCGCUGAGUUUGAAUCAGUGAAUCCUGAGCUUCAUGAGGCUUCAUCUCUAAUUCUGACCUGAACGCCAAACAAAGGUUAAAAGUUUGACGCUGAAUUUAACUCUCAGUUUGGUUUUAGCUGUUUUGAUCUGAAGGAAAAAAGACUGGGACUCAGGUGUAGUUUUAUAUCUCCCUUUAAGUUUUUAUAUUUUGCAAAAAUGUCUGAAAAAACACAGAACUGCCCUUAAAUCUUGCAGAGAGUCCACUCCUGUUGAAGUUAAAGAGACAGACCUGAUUCUGGUCUCAGCAGCUUGUUCUCAGCGGUGACACAUAUUUGAAUAACAGGUAUUUUAGCAGCAGCAGCGACUCCACCUCUGUUUGAACACCGAGCACAGAGGAAACGCUGUGUGUGUGUGUGUGUGUGUGCUCAGCAGGUGUGGUGGCUCCUGCAGGGCCAAGUGGACUCACUUUAAGACUUUCAUAGUUGAAGAUGGCCGGGUGAAGUUCAGCAGGACAGAAACAAACAGAUCCGACAGCCGACUGAACAAACGCAGAAGAAAUGAAGUUUAAAUAAAGUUUGGACACAAAGGCUCCCGCUUACACUCAGGUAACGUCUCCUUUUUUUAACCUUUAUUAGUUAGUGUUUUAAGAAAAGUAUAACUGUGUGUGACAAUACCAAGUUUUAUCCUCGUGUCACUUUGUGAGUCUGUGGAUGUUAAAAAAGUGUCUCUGGUUGUUUUUUGACGUGCAGUUGUGGAAACAUUUCUUCUGUUUGUGGUUUAAUCUCUAAAACUCAGCAGACACUUUUGUCUCCUCUGAGGCCAAAUUCACUCCUCCGUUUGUCUAAAACUCUUAUUUUUCUACAUAAAAACAUUUUUCUGAAUCAUUAUUGGUCCUCCUCCCAGUUCUAAUUUUUCCUCGACCAUUUCCCCCUUUUCUAAACUUUUUUCAAACUUUCGCUCCUUUAUUUCUUCUCUCAGCUUUCUUUCCUCCAUCCUCUCUUCUUCCACCUCCUAUUUGUCCUCUAUUUUCCUUCAGAUGAUGCUCCUUUUACGGCUUAUUAACUAUAGGUGGGUGUUGCACAUUGGUUGGUGGAUUUUCUUUUUUUAAUUCACACUAAAUCCAAACAACUAAAAAUAACAGUUGUUUUAUUUUGUCUGCUCCUGCGUGAACAUGUGAGGAGUGUGUCAACAGCUUCAGGCUGUUUGUGGACACUCAAAUAAGCUAACUUGUUCUUCAGGCGGCUAACUGAUGAUUAAAACCACUUAAAACCAUUUAAAAGUGGCACCGAAUAAUCAGAGAGUAGCAGGUAGCGGUCUUCUAACUUCAUGAAAACAGUUUGACAGAGCGCUUAAUAUACUCAGGUCUGGAUUGGACGGGUAAAAUGUAAGUUUGCUGAGUCAGACAGUACUGACUGAUCAGGAGCAGAAAGUGUACAGUGAGUGGGUGGUUAUGGGAACUGGAAUACCUACAGGGGAAGACAAGACCACCACCACCACCAACAAGUUCAGCAACUUUGCCCUUAAUUAGUUUGAACUCUUACACUGUUAUAUUUCCUCAAAUACAAAAAAACAAAAACAAAAAUGAAAAUUUCAGUCGCACUGAUGUGUCUGCACAUUAUAAAGUCCAUUUUCAGUCAGUUGAUUUUCAAAUAACAUGCCAACAUAUUGAAUGUGUGUGUAUGUGGUUUUCAGUGCUUCCAGAGCCACCCUCUGGUGGACACUUCAAGAACUGCAGUUCUGCAUUAGCUUCAUUUUUCGGGACCGGAGGUUGUCGCUCGGUUCAGGAGGCAGGAUAUGACACUAAAAUCAAACCACAGUGUAAUUUUUACAACAUGUUGGUGGACGAAGCGACAGAGAUCGAAGCUAACGUUCUAUGUCAUUUUAUUAAUUAUCUCUGUUCUCAGUCCUCUUCUUAAUUCCCGUCAGAGGUUUUUACUUCUUUUACCCCUUUUACAUGGUAAAGAGCUCUCACUUAUCUGUUCAUAUUUUCUUGUUUUUGUCCAUCAGGUUUUACUCUUUCUUUUUACCAUUUUAUUUUCGUCUUUUUAUCUCCAGUGUUUCCCAAAGGUAGCUC